AUGCGCCAGCGCUGGUGGAUUACGAUCGCAGCGCUGGCCGCCGCGACCGCCCUGGACUGCGAGAUCCCCGUGCGCGACAUCCCUCUGGCCCGCUUCGACGACGCCACGGCGCUGCGGUCCAUCGUGCCCGUCAAGCUCGACACGCGCGCCGUGCGCGCCGCGUUGGAUGCCUAUUUGCCGACGUUACACCUCAACGCGUCGAAGCAGUGCAUCGCCGACUCGUCGGGCCGCAUGUGGCGCAUGGCGCCCGUCGACGCGUUCCUCGUGGGCUACUCGCGUACCGGCACGACGUCGCUCCGCGAGGAGCUCAUCCGCGCCUGCAGGAACACGCAGAAGGGCAAGCUCUGCGCCGUCGCCGCCGCGCCGGCCGGCGAGGGCGAGCUCAACUUCUUCAACAACCCGAAGCGCAUCUGGCGGAACGACUACUCGAACUACCUGCAGCGGACUCGCGCGCGACAGGGCGUCCGCGUCCGCUGCGACGACGACCGGCGCGCGUGCCUCGAGUCCAAGCAGGCGCCGAAGCUCGUCGUCGACAAGACGCCGGAGUACUCGUCCCACGUCUGCUACCUGCUGGCGAUCUGGCAGACGAACCCGGCGGCGAAGCUCGCGCUCUCGCUCCGCUACCCGUGGCAGUACUUCGAGCGCCACCUCCGGGAGAGCCGCGACGACCCGACCACGUUCCUCGCGCGGCAGUGGGACGCGUACGCGGCGAAGCUGCGGGCCGCGGGCUGCGCGCGCGCGGGCGACUGGGCGCCCGCGUGCUCGCUCGCCGCGUCGCCGUUCCGCGGCCUCGGCGACCUGGACAUCGGCGGCCGCUGGAAGACGCCGGCGCGGGUCGGCAGCCCCAUCACGCUCACCUUCUUCGAGAGCGCCCACUUCGUGUUUUUGGUCGACGUGCUCUUCCGCGUCUUCGGGAGGGAAAGCGUGCUCGUGCUCCGCAUGGACUGGUGCGUGGCGCGCGACGUCUGCGGGCCGAGGCUCGCCGAGUUCCUCGGGCUGCCGCAGUUGAAGGUGCGCGCGAACCCCUACGCGUCCUGGACGAACCGGGGCGCGGUCUCGAAGGCGGCGCAGGCGCCGCGCGAGCCGGCGAACGCGACGCUCGAGAGCGACCCGAUGGCGACGAUGGCGCGGAUCGGGCUGACGCGGGACAUGGCCGACGACCUCCUCUUCUACGAGCGGCAUUUCUUCGAGCUCCUCGGCUGGAGCUGGCCCCGCGCGUGGGACGCCUACGGUCGUUAG